AUGGAUAAGAAGAAGAAGAAGCAGCAGAAGCACACGGGGAACAAACUAAAACAGCAAUCGACCAUGGAGAAGAAGAAGAAGCAACAGCAGGAUGAGAAUCACAAGAGCAAGAGCAUUCACGACAUUCUUACUCUUGAGCUGAUUCACAGAAUCCUACUGAGGGUUCCGCUCAAAUAUCUUGCUCGCCUGAAGUGCGUUUCGAAGUUUUGGAACACUCUCAUUUCCGAUCCCGACUUUGCGAAAUCACAUGUUCACCUCUCUGCCGCACCCACCCAUGUAUGCCUCUUCAUAGAUGACUACACCAAGGCUUGCUCCGUUGACAUUGACGCAGUAUUUCACGACUACAAUUGCGCUACUGCAGUAAAAGAGGUAUCUCUCCCUUUCAAGAUGAAAACACGUUAUGAUUUUGAAGUUAUGUGCUCCUGCAGAGGGCUUGUUCUCUUACACCGAGCCCCGCAUUUUUUUGUGGUAUGGAAUCCAGUGACUGGAUCCAGCAAAAGAGUAUCCUACUCUCACAUUGUUUCUCGUAGUCAUCGCAAGUGGUUUGUGUUUCCGUAUAGUGCGAUUUUGUAUGGAUUUGGUUACGAUGCCUCACAGGAUGACUACUUAGUUGUUGUAGCUUCUAAGGAUAAGAAUGGCCAUGAGCACUUUGAUUGCCUGUCUUUGAGCACCAAUUCAUGGAUUAAUCUUGAUGUUGCACUCUCCAAACCCUUGGGUUGGAGCAACUGGAAAUCUCGUGGGUUCUUCUUGAAUGGCGCUAUUCAUUGGUCGUCGUGCACUCUUAGUGUUGGAGAUUAUAGUAUUCUUAUAUUUGAUUUGAAGGAAAGGAGUUUCUCAACUAUAUCUAUGCCUGAACAAGUGAUGGGUUAUCUCAAUCCCACUCAUCUUGUCCUACUAGGAGGGUGCCUGGCCUUGUAUUCUUAUGAUCGCGAUAAAACUAACAUAUGGGUGAUGAAACAAUACAAAGUGCAUUCAUCUUGGACUUUCUAUCAGAUUUCUCGGGAACGGUCUGCGCCUCUAUGCUUAUCCAAUGGUAGUGACAUUAUUGCACUAGAUUCUAUUCUGAAAUCUAUAGAUCUCUACUUAAGGUUUGCCAAAUAUAAUGUCAGAGGAGAGCUCCUCCAACUCAAAUGUUUUGAUUAUAGUGAUCUGGAACAUUUUAAAGAUCGUUCUCGUCGGUUGUCUCAGUAUGGCACAAACUACAUUGUAUACACACAGAGUCUCGUGCCAGUCCCCAGUGAGAAUGUAAGGAAUAAAGAUGAAAAACGGUACGUGAAUGAAGGUCAUGCAGAAUCAGCACCAACAAGUGAGAGGGAAAAGGUUGUUAUUGGGAAUGGACAGCUGUCAAACGAUCCUUCAAUUCAAGAAAUCAGGAGAAGCACGAGAGGGAGGGUCAUUAAUAGAACCCUGGACGACUUUGCGUGGUAA